UAUUUUUUUUUUUUUGCUUUUCAGUUGCUGCAAGCAAGGUACCGAUUUAUUUGUUUUUUCAUUCCGUUCAUUAUUGUUACCGCCGAAGAUGGUCUUGGUAUUGAAUGGUGUGCUGCAAGAUGAGUGUCCCAUGGACACGGCCAGUUUGUUUAUGCAGCACCCAAUAUAUAGGGAUUAUGCACAACAACUAUUGAAUAUUCCUACAAAAUCCGUAGGACCUGUGGGACUCUUGUAUGUAGGCCAACGCGAAAUGGCAGCAGCUGCUCCGCAUGAUAAGAACAUUAAUAUCGUAGGAACAGAUGAUGCCACCACUUGUAUUAUUGUCGUGGUCCGACAUUCAGGUUCAGGUGCAGUUGCUUUGGCGCAUUUUGAUGGUACUGGCGUAGAUGAGGCAGUCUGUACUAUGGUGGCUCGUGUACAAGAGUUAGCCUUAGGUUAUCCGGAAGGACGUAUAGAGUUGCAAUUAAUUGGUGGCUAUCGCGACCCCCAAAGCUACGGUGAAGAAGUCUUUUACAAUAUAAUGCAAUCAUUCCAUAAACAUCACCUUGAAAUUGAUUUGACUCAAGCCUGUGUGGGUGAAUUAAAUACGGUGCUACGUGGCGAUGUCAAUUGUCCGAUCGUCUACGGCGUCGGUGUGAAUAUCAAAACUGGCGAAAUAUUUCCGGCUGCAUUUCCUGAACGUGGACCAGAUAGGGAACUGCGCGACGCCCGUAUUUUUAUGGGAGCUCAAAAUGUUCUCGAUAUAUACGACGCUGCGCUGGGUAUGUUGCGCAUUGGUCCUUUUAACUAUGAUCCGCUGCGUGGAGCCGACCUUUGGUUAGCCCAAUCUGAUGAAUUUCUAUUACAACAUCUCUCCUCAAGCCCCGAUGUCGAACCACCACAUUUUGCAAUGCAUAGGAGGUCUACUAUACGAUUUAUACAAGAGAAUCAAUUUCCCGCCAUUACGGUGUUCCGAGAUAAUCGCCCGCGUUAUUACCGACGUGAUGAAGCUACGGGUUUUUGGUCCCUGGUUAGAUAUUAAUUUUAUUAAAAAAAAAAAAAAAAAUGCAAUCCUUUAUUUUCCUAACUUUUAUCAACAUCCCCCUAAUUUGUUUUCUUUUUUACUUUAUCUUUCAAUUAGGUUCAAAGUUAAAAUUCGUUAUUAGUAAAAAAAACAAAAAAUCACCUUUUUUUUAAAGCGAAGCAUAAAUUAUUGAAUUUUACGCCAGGUUGGGA